AGACUUUCGAAUUGAUCGCGAAUCAUUCUGCGCAGCUAAGCGGCAGUGAACGGUCUCCUGGCAAAAUAAAGUUGGUGUAAAACUAAUACGGACUAACGGACACGUCAUGGAUCGCUGGGUCGGCAAGACAGCUGUGGUCACUGGUGCGAGUUCAGGCAUUGGAUCAGGCAUUGCUGUGGGCUUUGCCAACGCUGGGAUCAAUGUCAUCGGCCUUGCAAGGAGAACUGAACCAAUUGAGGUGUUAAAGAGCCAAGUGACUGGUUCAGGUAGUAUAACAGCUCAUCAUUGCGACGUAUCGAGUGCUGAAGAUGUGGCUGCCACGUUCAAGUGGAUUGAUGAGACCUUCGGCUGCGUCCACAUACUGGUCAACAACGCUGGUAUCUUCGUUACUGGUGGGAUUACAGACGCGGGUGACGACAUGAUAAGUGAGAAGGACAUCAUAGCGAUCCUCGACACAAACUUGAAAGGUACAAUAUUAUGUGCCAGGCACGCCAUCGCGUCAAUGAGGAGCAACAACUUCGACGGACAUGUGAUCAACAUUAACAGUAUUGCAGGCCAUUACGUGCCGAUGUCGUCUAAGUUCAACGUGUACACCAGCUCCAAGUAUGGAGUCACCGGCUUUACUGCCGGGCUGCUGAACGAGCUGGCGGACCAUAAGAAUAAAAUCAAAGUUACUAGUGUAUCCCCUGGCUUGGUAGACACGAGCCUGAACGUGGUGGCUGCCAGCACGACGGACAUGCCUGCGCUGCGCCCAAAAGACAUUGCCGACGCGUGUCUCUACGUACUCUCUACACCACCCACCGUCAAUAUAAACGAGCUCACAAUAACACCAGUUACUGAGAGGAGGUUGUGAAUAAAUAAGUGUUUUUACUAGAAAUAUGGCACCGCACUAGGAUAUUAAGACUUAAGACUAGUACGACGAAUUUGCGAAGGCCGAUGAAGCGAU